AUGCGAAUUCAAAUGCCAGAAAUUCGGCUUCUCUGGCGCCAAUUACAGUGGAUGUGGAUGGACGGAGUAUUUUACCCACUCUAUCGGUUCUUCACAUCCAUCGGUCUCCUCGUCUGGGCAUGCGUAGAGAUCCCACUGGAGGUGAAGCGCAGCGAAGAGGAGCACACAAAACUCUACUACUUUCUCUAUGCUACCAACUGGGCCUUCCUCAUGUACACCAUCAGCUCCAAUGUCUUCGCCGUUUUCUGUACCUACUUCAACUGCAAAAAGGAAAAGCCUGUACCAAAGUGGUUUGCUGAGUUACUGUGGUUCUUUUACGGGAUGUCAAUGAAUACAGUGCUGGUCACCUCCCUCGUGUACUGGGCGGCCUUUUGGGAUCCAAAAUACACACAAUUCUAUCGACCGGAGUCGAGACUCAAGCACAUAGUGCCGGCGUGUACGGUGUUCGUAGACACGUGGGUAAACGGGCUACCGAUCAACAUUUUCCACGCUAUCUACCCCACCCUUUUGGGCAUUAUCUAUGCCGUCUUCUCCUACGUCUACUACGACACGAGCGACGUUCAUCCUAUCUACCCCGUUCUCAACUGGAGUAGACCCACCGAGGCCAUCAGCGCCAGUCUACUCCUGUUUCUACUCUAUGUCGGUCGUAUCACACUGAGCGCCCGACUGGGCGGAAGAGGCACGACAGUGGUCGAGGAGUGGUGGAGCAAGAAAUCCGGACAGGCGGCGGCCGAACCUUACAUUGAAAUGGAGGCCAUCGAUGAAGAAGCUAAAUAG